GCAGUGUCCGGAUCGAUGCGCCGCGGUGCUGAGCGCGAACUUUGGCCCCGUUACCGCGGGCAGGGCUGCGUUCUGGAGUUCGGCCGGGCUGUUUUCGUCCCGUUUUGGUCUAAGGGAGUGUAUGUGUGCGUGUGUUCUUUUUUCCAGGAGACCACGAUGGCCCCCAUGAGCUUUAGGAGCCCCCUGCUGUUCUGCCUGGUGGCCGCAUGGCUCGGCCCUGUCCCGGCCGAGGAGCCCGCGGCGGAGAGUCUGUCCUCACACGGCCGCCUCGAUAAGAACUUGGUGCAGGAUAAAGACCACAUCAUGGAACAUUUAGAAGGAGUUAUUGAAAAACCGGAGUCUGAGAUGUCUCCACAAGAGCUGCAGCUGCAUUACUUCAAAAUGCAUGAUUACGAUGGCAAUAAUUUGCUAGAUGGGUUAGAGCUUGCUACUGCUAUAUCACAUGUCCACAAAGAGGAAGGUGGUGAGAAUACCCAGGCAAUGAAAGAAGAGGAGCUAAUUAGUCUAAUAGAUGACGUCUUAAGAGAUGAUGAUAAGAACAAUGAUGGAUACAUUGACUAUGCAGAAUUUGCAAAAUCACUGGAAUAAGGUUUUGAAGGGGGCUUGUUUCUCCAUCUAACAGAAUGGGAAUGUGACCCAGUAUAAUGUGAUUUAUUAAUCAUGUCAACCUUUGUGCUGAGGUAUUUGUGAGCUGAAGUGUCCAGUUGAAUUUGUUUGCAAACUCCAUGUGUUAAGAGGCUGGCUAAUCUCAGAAUGGUAGCCACGCUUGACUAAAAGUAGGUACGUAUAUGAAUCUCGAAUGAUGGAAGCAUCAAAAUAUUUCCAUAGGCCACAGCUGGCAAACUCUUAAGCUAAAUGUGAAUACUUAAUACAAUCAAAUACAACCCAAAUUCCUUUUUUUUUUAAUUGAGUUGUAUAAAACUUGUUUGCUUACGUCUUCUACUUUAAUCUAUGACAUACCUAGAAAGAAAAGAUGAUGACUGUGUGAAGUUGUAUAUAAAGAAGACAUUUCCUUUUUGCUAAUUUCAAAUAUUCAUACAAGUAUGGUGCUUGAAACAGCAAUUGUAGAAGAUGAAGGUGGUUUGUGUUUGAGGUCCCUCUGAUACUGUGUGGACUUUAAUAAUAUCUCCAAAGAAAUUGAGUAUUUUUAAUAUAUGUACUUGCUAGCAUACCCUUACACAUUUAUAUAUAAAUGUACACUUUUCAGUUUCUUCUCAUCCUUCACAAAUUUACUUUUUAUUUUUAAAUUUUUCUCUACCUUUCGUGGUCUUUUGUUAAGAAAAUGAAAGUAUUUUUAAUUCAUAUACAAUGUUGUAUUAAUGCUGCAUAACAUCUACUAGAAUACCUUCUGCUAUCUCAUUUUGAAGGUCACAUUAACUGUAAACCAGCUCAAUACUGAACUUUCUUUUCAAUUUGGUUCUUAAAGUAUUAGCCAGCAGGAUAAUCUAAGAGCAAGUAAUGCUGCCUUGUUGAGGUUUAAUUUCGUAUUUCUUGACACAUAAGUUACAGUGUUACUUUCAGGAGGUAUUUAAUCGCUGUUUAAGGAUACUUGAAUGUUUGUAAACAAACAUGGUUCUAGGAAUGUUUUCACUGUCCUCAAUACUUGCUAGGUCAAGCAGUUUAAGGAUGUGAUGUACAGUGAUGUACAAUGAUGUACUGCUGCUUUAUUGACAUUUGGUAACUAUUAAGCAUAGCUGAAAUCUUAAAUUGCAUUCAGACACUGUCCAUGAAUAGAAAAUCUAAAUGUUAGCAUUUCUGUAAAGUGCAUAAAGAGCUAUUUUCUGUACAAAAUUAUUCUUAUACAAGAGAAACACAUUUGUAAAAGAAAUUAUUCCAUUGGUUUAAAUGUUUGCACAAUGGAUCCUGUGUUCGACUUUUUUUUUUUUUUUGUAAUAACUACUUUGUGACCAGGCUCAUGCUGGUUGUACAAACAAUAAAAAGAAGUUGGGAUUGUAGCACUUAGGAGCCAACAUGUGGGAAGUUCUAGUGAGGCAUGUGCUUAAUUUUCCAAUAGAAAGCCCAUCUGUGUUACUAGCAGGCAUCUUAAAAACAAAAUAAUUAUUUUUUAUUUCCAUGGUAAUAAAUUUGGAGUGAAAGUUGAAUCUGAAGAAAGUACAGAGAAUUGUUAAUGGAUAGGAGGGGAAGGGAGACAAAGGGCUCUGAACAUCUAAAGAUUAUUGAUCCUGGCAACUCUUACGUGCUUACUUCAUAAGCUUUUUUUGGAAUUACAAUGGACCAAGAAACUGACUUCUGUGUCCAGCUCUUAAGAAUCAUUGUUUACUUAUCAAGUGCAGUGGUCUUAGAGACUAAGAAGAAUGCUUAAGCUUAGUCUAGCAACCAGUUAUGUGGCAUGUAUUUAUAUAAAUGUCUUGUUUACAUGGUUAUUAAUAGUUAUCCUAUGUGGCAAGGGAUGUCUUGUAUCAGGAGUAAUGAUGAUAAAUACAGAUAUUAUGGAUAGCAUUUUUUACCAAAUAAUUUAAACGUGUUUUUAUGGAGUCAGAAGCUUGUAUAAAUUGAGAAAUUGCUUGCCAAAAAUGGAGAAUAAAAUUGGCACCUUUCAUUUCA